GAGGCAUUUAAUGCAAUAAAUCCUUGACCUCAGGUGUCUGGUGAUAUUAAGACCCCGCCUGGCCUAGAUCAAAGUCCACGGGGCAAUAAACCAGUCUGUGAGGGGGUCCCGCAGGAAGGCUGGGGCCACAACCCAGAAGGAUUACCCACAGCCAGGGGCCGUAUCCUGGGGGCCCUGCGCAGAGAGUGCCCGGGACAGGAUGGGGAGAAGCCAAGGGGAUCCAGAGAGCAGCUGAUCCAGCCGGCACCCCCAUGAUGAAUGGCAGCUUUCUCCCGGAGGCCUCCUCCUCCUCGUCCCCAUCGCCCAACUGGAAGGAGUUCUGCGAGAUCCACGCGCACGCUGCUGCCUUGGACUUUGCCCAUAGAUUCCGGGCUUUUCUGAGUGAAAACCCGCAGUACGCCACACCGGGGGCCGAGAGCAGCUUUUCGCGGCGUUUUGCUGAGCAUUUUGUGGAGCACUUUGAGACCGAGGUGAACAAGACCCAAGCUCCGGAUGGCCCUUCUCCCACCCGCUGCAGCAUCGCGCCUUUCACCGGAGCGCAGGCUUCCAAUAGGGACCUGUCUGAAACAUGCAGUGACUCUUCGCUGGCGUCGCCCGUAGAGACGCAGCCCCGGCAGGACUCCUCUGGCAUCACCUCCGGCCUGUCCAGUAGCCAGUCCCACAGCUCUGAAGACGUUUCUACAUCUUCGGCGACGGCCAAGCCGCGUCUGAAGAAACGAUUCUCCUUGCGCAACGUGAGUCGGAGCGUGCGGGGGAGCGUCCGCGGGAUCCUGCAGUGGAAAAGCUCCGCAGAAUCUCCCACCGAGGAGACCUCCGGGGGGACCAACAGCAACUGCAACUCUUCAGCCAGCCGCGUCGGAGGAGAGAGGUGGACUCACAGGUUUGAGAAGCUACGGCUGAGCAGACCACCCACCCCUAGAGCCGAGCCGAAGGAUGUGAAACGCGAAGGGGUUCUGAACUAUGUGUUGGCCGAAGAGGUCAACAGUAGCAGCCGGGCACGAUGGCAGAAGUGCCGCCUAAUCCUGCGCAAGGCUGCCAACGAUGAGGGUGAAGGAUACGUCAUGGAGUUUUACAUUCCUCCCAAGGCCACCAAGCCACGGGUCUGCUUUCCGUGCUCGUCCAUCUUGGAUGUCCGGACCACAACUCCCCUGGAGAUGCCAGACAAGGAAAACACGUUUGUGUUGAAGACUGACAAUUUCUCGGAAUAUAUUCUUGAGUCCGUUGACUCUCUGCAGAUGAAGUCUUGGCUCUCUGACAUACAGGACUGCAUGACCUCUAGGGUUGUGCCCGAUGCUGUAGAUCUCCCUCAUAUAAACCAUUCAGAAAGCAUGCCCAGCCGGGACCUACCUCUUUUACCCACGGAGAGCAACGAACAGCUCUGUCAAGGAGCUUAUGGCGGGUUGUCGGAGCGUCCGUCGGCUUCCAUCUCCCCCAGCUCUGUCUCCAUGACGCCCUCGCAUUUUGAUUCCAUGGAGCUCCUGCCCCCAGAGCUGCCUCCUCGAGCCCCCAUCGAUGAAGCAGAGAGGCUUCCGAAUGCCACCGGCGCCCCUUUUCCAGAUACACCUGACACGGCAGCUUCAUUCCUGUUCCAAGGUGAGCCGGACCCAGCGGAUGUGGAGCACCCUCUCUCCGAGUACCAGUGGUUUCACGGCACUUUGUCCCGGCUGAAGGCCGCACAGCUUGUGUUGGCAGGUGGCACCAGUAGCCACGGGGUCUUCUUAGUUCGGCAAAGUGAGACGCGGCGCGGGGAGUACGUGCUGACCUUUAACUUCCAAGGGAAAGCCAAGCACCUCCGCCUGUCCCUGAAUGACGAGGGCCAGUGCCGCGUCCAGCAUCUCUGGUUCCAGACCAUUUUUGACAUGCUGGAACACUUCCGUGUGCACCCCAUCCCUCUGGAAUCGGGGGGCUCCAGCGACGUAACGCUUAUCAGUUAUGUGGUGUCUUCUCAGCGGCUGCAUGAGGCAGCCAGCAGCCGUAAUCCGCCCCCUUUGCCCCCGCACCCUUUAUCGCGGCACCACAGUAUGGAGGGGACCCAGCAGCACCCCUGGUACCAGCUCAGCUCCUCCCCUCCGGAUGAACCCCAAGUGAGCAGACCCCCGCCGGAGCCGCCAGCCGCUCAGCACGAAGACGGGGAAACGCCGGUCGACGAGCAGGUCGAGGCCGCGAUCCGUCUUCAGCAGCUGCAGCCAGGGGGCGCCGGCGCGGAGGACUCCGGCGACGCCAGCAGCGCAGCUUCUCGGGCCAGAGCUGUGAACAACCAGUAUUCGUUUGUGUGAUCGGACGCGGCCCACGGUGACGAACCAGCGGAGAUUCGCCUCCCGCCAUUCCUCCUCCUCCGGUGUUUGCGCUAAACCUGCUUUACCUGAGUAUUUGUUGCCCGCUUUUACAUGCCAAGGCUUGGCGCAUCAUGGUACACUACAUGCCAGCAAGACUGGCCUUUUAAACGGCACC